UUGGACUCGAUGAUCUUGGAGGUCUUUUCCAACCUAAAUGAUUCUGUGACUCUGUGAUUUACUGAGAGGAGCUGCUGUGGCUGCUGCUUGGAUCCCCUCAGGAAAAUAAACGUGCAUUUACUGGUGUUUUUAGAGACAGGUAAUCUGUCUUUUACCAGUAUAUCCGGUUUUAUCUCUACAGAAAGCCAGGCCCUCACAGCACCUGGUUCUCAUCCCACCAGCAAUCUCAAAUCACGAGUCACUUCUGAAAACAGGGACACAUUUAUUGAUGCCAAAGAACCAGAGCCAAACUGCAGCCUCAGGGAUUGUUUCAGUGCCUGUCUCACAGCCCCAUUCCCUGGGAAGGGAAUGGGGGGGCAGGGGUUGUCCAGUGGGACUCGGGCUGUAAUUGCCCUCCAGGGCUGGCAGGUGAGUUUCCUCAGGUACCUGUUGGUGACUGGUGAGGCUCCUUGUUCCUAAUGCCAGGGCUGGGCUGCCAGUGCCAUCCCCGUGGGCACAGUGACAGCACCAGUCCACCCACGCCGUGAGUAAACUGGGUAUAAAAAGCUACAAUAUGAGUCUUAUUUGUUACAGAUCCAAGAUGGAAAAGCCCCACAUCAGGGGAACAAAGCGAUGCUAUUUUAGGGCUUCACCACAGAUAUGCAGUAAAACCCCCACGGUUUCAAACCCCACGUCACUCAUCAAAUAAUUGCAUUAAUAACCUGCAGAGCUUGUCGUAAACCCACUUUGCAUCCAUGAUUUACACGGAUUGGGCACAAAAGGAAUAACCAGAAGGCUCAGGUUAUGUACUUGACCUUGUGCUAUCCCUCCAAGGCAGGGGGAUGGUGGGUUUGUUCUGCCACUGGUACAGACAGGUACCGACUUGGUGCCUGGGGAUAGAAAAGCACCCAAAGCAAAGGUUUUUACAGACCUUCGUGGCCAUUUCCUUUGGAUCACAGCCCUCCUGGAAAAUCUGCAGGUACAGAAUAAGGAGGUGCCCCGGCGUAGCAUGAGCGUGGCCCCCGGCGUGGGCCAUGCCCUUCCCCAACGGCUCUGAGCUGCGCCCGUCCUUCGUGCUGGCGGCGCUGCCGGGCCCGGAGGGGGCCCAGGCCUGGGUGGCCGCGCUGCUGUGCGGGGCCUACGCGGUGGCCGUGGCGGGGAACGGCGCGGUGCUGCUGGCGGUGCGGCUGGAGCCCGGCCUGCACGCGCCCAUGUACCUGUUCCUCUGCAUGCUGGCCGCCAUCGACCUGGCGCUGGCCACCUCCACCGUGCCGCGCGUCCUCGCCUUCUACUGGUUCGGCACGCGGGAGAUCGGCUUCGGCGCCUGCCUGCUGCAGAUGUUCCUCAUCCACGCCCUGUCGGCCGUCGAGUCCACGGUGCUGCUGGCCAUGGCCGUGGACCGCUACGUGGCCAUCUGCCACCCGCUGCGCCACGCCGCCGUGCUCACCAACGCCGCCACCGCCCGCGUCGGGCUGGCGGCCGUGGCCAGGGGCGUGCUCUUCUUCCUGCCCCUGCCCCUGCUCCUGCUGCCCCUGCCCUUCUGCGGGUCCCGCGCGCUGUCCCACUCCUUCUGCCUGCACCAGGACGUGAUGAACCUGGCCUGCGCCAACACCACCCCCAGCGUGGUGUACGGCCUGGCCGCCAUCCUGCUGGUCAUGGGGCUGGACGCCGUCCUCAUCUGCCUCUCCUACCUCCUCAUCCUCAAGGCCGUGCUGCGCCUGGCGGCCUGGCGGGAGCGGCUCAAGGUGUUCAGCACCUGCAUCGCCCACAUCUGCGUGGUCCUGGCCUUCUACGUGCCCCUCAUCGGGCUGUCCGUGGUGCACAGGUUCGGGAGGGACCUGGCCCCGCUGGUCCACGUCACCAUGGGGAACAUCUACAUCCUGGUGCCCGCCGUGCUCAACCCCAUCAUCUACGGGGUGAGGACCAAGCAGAUACAGAGGAGGAUCUUGAGUCUGAUCCGUGUCGGUGUCAGAACUUCCCAGUGACCUGUGCUCGGCCGCUGUCCCGUGUCCUCACUGCUCACGUUCCACCCGUGGCACGGGACUGUCCUCUGGGUGCACUCCGCGGUGCUGCCAGGAGGCAAAAGGUAAAGAGCGAUUACAAACUCCUUCCAAGAGUGUUUGCCCUCAUCAAACUUGGAGAGAAUCUCCUACAGCGAUCUAAACCCACGCCUGGCCAAGCAGGUUCUGCAAUUGGAAGGAAAAGUGACUCAACAAACUGAUAAAAACAUCUCGACAUUGCACUUCUUUGUUCCCAUCUCACCCAUAACAGGGGCAGGGCAGAGCAGAUGCUGCAGUGGCUUGGGGUGAUUUUGUUAAUUCAUCUUUUCCACGUGUGGCACAUUCACAUUCCAGAACUUCUUCCAGAAACUUUGGCCACAGCAUCAAUGUCCAAGUAAAAUAAUAACAACACAUUACAUUACAGAUGCACAAAUGAGCUUCAGAAGAGGAACCUCCACCUCUGUGCUCCUGUUCUGAGAUGCUGGGUGCUCAGUGAAGACCCCUCAGCCUUCUCGUAGAAGGUGCUCUGGAAAAAAUUUCAGAAAGUGUAAAAAUAAUUUGUUUUUAAUUAUAUUCAAUGAAACAGCAUCAUCUCAGGGGAAAAAAAUAAGCAAAUUAUAAAUGUCAAUUAUAAUUCCAAGCUGAAGGAAGUCUCAUUUCCAAAUCAAAGGUGUUUCAUACCUUUGACUCCACACUGGGAAUACCUAAGAAGUUAUGAAUUAAGUUUAAAAUCUUCAGCUUUUGAGCUUUUUUAAUACUUCAACUGGGUGUUGCCAGGAAACAGAGAACCCAACAGCCUUUGCUCUCCUUGUUCUCAUAACUCUUCUACCUGUGGGCCACUACAACAAAGCUCUGUUAGUACAAUGAAAAUCAGCAAAACUUAGGAAUUAUGAAGAAGGACUGAGAGCAAACUGCAUUUAUUUUCAUGCCACCACAGAAUCAAGGGAUGGUUGAGGUUGGUGGCACCUCUGAAGUUCAUCUGCAUCUUCUCUGAAGAUCCACCCUCCCAGAUCAAGCAGGGUCAGCGGGGCAGUGGGUUACCCAGGACAGCUUUUGAACAUCUGCAAGGAUGGAGACACUGCUUCAUAUUUUGGGAAAGGCUAAAGAACCUGGGAAGGGAUGUUGUACAGCAGGAUUUUACAAAGAAUCACAGAUGUGAAGGGUGGUCACUUCUAGGUUUUGCCCUAAUGAUUUUUGUCAUUUAAAAAAUCAAUCUGUUUCUUUGGGGUUCUUUAGAGGUGCCAGGGCUGUGUGAGCUCUGAUUUGAACCUUGUGGUUUUCUCUGCCCAAGUGCACAAAUCCCUGCAGAGCAGGAGCCCUCCCAGAUAACCAGAGCAGCACUGGGGAUUGUAAACCAGGUGGAUCUGCAGGAGCCCCAUGUACCCUUGAACCCUGAUGUCUCCAUCAGUGUCACAGAAUCCCAGGAUCAUUGAGGCUGGAAAAGCCCUCCCAGCCCAUGGAUCCCCCCUGUGCCCCAUCCCCACCUUGUCCCCCAGCCCAGAGCACUGAGUG